AGAGGAACUAGGGAUGGGACUGAGGGCUGGGCCUGAGCGGUUUAGUCCUGAGAGAAAGGGGAGGUGCUAGGGUUAAAGGUGGGACAAAGAGGGGCCAGGGAGGAGCUGGAGACCCCGGAUGAAGAACGAGGCUAAAGUUUAGUCUUGGUCUGGGAAGACAACCCCGCCUAGAGUUGGAGGAGGUGGGAGGGGGGAACUGGGAAAGCAUGAAGCUGAGCUGGGGGCUGAGCAUUAUGCGAAGCUGAGAUUGGAGUUUACGGUUGGACUGAGGGCUUGGCCAAGCUGAGGUUCAGGGUUGGACUUCUGCGAGGAGAAAGUUCGGUAGAGACGAAGAACUGGUCUGAAAGCGAUGUGGGUCAGGACGACACUGACGAUUGAAAGGUGGUUUACGGAAGAGACCGAGUGCAAGGAAGAGAACGAGUGCAAGGAAGAGACCGAAUGCAAUGAAGAGAUCGAGUGCAAGGCCGAUGACUGGGAUAUAAACAGGUUACCCAGCUGGGAGAGAGGACACCUGCCGGCUGGUGCAGCAUCCACCACUGAUGCAUCUGCCUUCUCCUCGGAAGGUGAAUCCAAGGAGGCUGACAGGUGCUGCUGGAAACACAAUCAGUGUACAGGGCACAUCAUCCACCCCUUCCCCUCCGACUACAGCCACUGCAACCUGCACCUGCAUGCCGUCAGCCACUGUGACUGUGAUUCCAGGGCGAAAGAAUGCUCAGAGAAAGCCAACAGCAGCAGCUCCCAGGAUGCAGACCAAAUCCAUCCCCGAGAUGGGGGCUCAACUUGCUUCAGCAUCAUCCAGACCCCUUGCUUUGAGCUCAUCCCAGAACAGUGUGUGGAACGGGUCUGGUAUGGCUGGUGCAAAAGCUACAGGCCCAUCUCUGUGGCAGUGAUCCAUCAUCCCAUCCACCAUGAGUUCGGGGAAGAUGACCUAAAUGAAGAGGAAGAGGAGGAGGACGAGGAAGAAGUGAGCAAGCCUCCCAUUCCGACCCAGGUGGGGCCUGCCACCACACCCCCUGACCCAGGCACUGACACGGUCACUGGCAUCACCACCAGUAGCCCUGACUCGGCAGCGCCCAUCACCAUCUGGCGCUCCGAGAGCCCCACAGGGAAGUGCCAGGGCAGCAAGGUGAUCAAGAAGGUAAAGAAGAAAAAGGAAAAAGAGAAAGACAAGGAGGAGGACACAGAUAAGGAGAAGGCCAAGCUGAAGAAAAAAGUCAAGAAAGGCAAGUUGACUAAGAAGAAGAGCCCGGUUAAAUCACAGUCUUCACCUCCAGACUUGAGCAGAUCGUUGAGCCCAAGAGAGUUGGCCAGGAUGUCCGAGUCCAGCCCGGAAAGCCGGGAAGACCUGGAGAGUGAGGACAGCUACAACGAUGCCGGGCAGGAGGAACCCUCCAGUGAGGACAUUGUGGAGUCUUUGACAGCCAAGAAGAGAGAGAAGAACACAGUCCAGGCCAGGAAGAAUGGGCCAAAGGUCUCACAAGUCAGGAAGGUAAUCAAGAGGAAAUCUCCCCCAGUGUCGAACCCCAAUCUCAGUUGAGGCCGGGGGACCAGGGUGAAGAAUAAAUGCCAUCAAGCUUGUAGCCAACCCCCUGCUGCUGUUCUCUCUCCCUCCAACUGGGCUUCUUCUGGGGUGGGGGAGGGUCUCAGGGAUGCAGGGGUUCCUGAAGGGCGCUCCAGCUUUCCAGAAGAAGUCCACGGGAAGGUGAGUGGGAAGGAGACACUAUUCUACUGGGGGGAAGGAAGUGUUACAGCUGUUUCUUCUUAACAUCCUAGGACCAAGACAGGAGAAGAGCACACACACCUAAGUUGGGGGUGGGAAGGAGGGUUUCUCCUCUACUGGGAGAUUGAUCUGUGUGGACUCUGCUUCUAGGACAGGCAGUACUGUUUGCAGUGAUAACCCAAAAUAAAUUGAACCUUUUGAUCCACUCCG